AUGGAGAUGAAAUCGAUAGCUUUAUUUUUGUUUAUUGUUCAGGCAAUCCUUAAUAUUGUUAUCUUGAGUGAGCCAUUCUAUGCCGACAUUUUCCGAUGCAAAAAAGACUCUGGAAGCUUUCUACCCAACAGCACCUACGAGAAUGAAUUGUUGACUGCAUUCAAGACACUAAGUACAUUCGUAAGAUUGGGCACCGAUAGUGCAAGAACUGGACAGAUUUAUGCCACAAGUGUUUGUGCAGGCUAUUUAAAAAUCGAAGCUUGCAAGUCUUGCGUAAACAACAUAAUUCCACUUCUUCUAAAGAGCUGCCCAAAGAUAAAACAAGCUUUCGCAUGGAGGAGCAAAUGCAUGGUACAAUAUGGUCCCGUAAGAAAUGUAAUUGCAUAUGAUUCUUGGUUUUUUGCCCAUGAAACUAGUAAUAUUAAAGUGAAGGAUCUUGGAGGGCUGGAGAAAACCAUGAUAACACUAGUGGAAAAGUUAUCGGAACAGGCAGCCUAUGUUGAUAGAAAUACUAAAUACGCUUAUGGGACUAUGCCUUAUGGCUCACGUCAAAUUCAUGGUUAUGCAAUGUACUACUGA